CUUGUUAAAACACCGGUGGGAGAAAGGUCACGCCCACUCGGAGACGGCAUGGUUUCCAUCCUCUUCCUUGUCAUCAAGGGUUCAUGAGGAUUCUGAUGACUGAUCAUGAACAGUAUUCAAAAGAUCAAAACGCAGAAACCCUCCAAAGGGAUUUGUGGCGUUUCAGCGGCGCAGCACUGAAACAAAGGUUUUGCCGGUGCUGCUGUCUCGAUUGCUGGAUUAUUCACAGCACUUCACCUCACCAAAAUCGGUGUAGGCAAUGACGCAUUUAUUCUGAAAGUUGGAAUCACCGAGUGAUCCACAACGCGCUUUCUGGUACUGAUGCUUCCCCCGUCGCGGUGAAUUGUGGGCAGGCCUCGGUCCUCCCCAGCUUUAAUCUCACUCUAUACUCUCUAACCCGGGUAGGGAAAAUGGCUGCUCGGGGUUUGUGUCCGAGCUUUGCCGUCGUGUGCUCAUUUCUCGAGCGGUACGGGGCUGCUCUGGAUCUGCCCGAAAUGACUUUCCCGCAGAUGGAGGGAUACUUACAAGAUACAUCAUCAGUUCCCCAGCCUCUUGUUGAGCUCCAUGUGAAGUUACUUCGCAAACUUGGCAAGUCGGUAACGUCGGACCGAUGGGAGAAGUAUCUCGUUAAGGUGUGCCAGGAGUUUAAUAGUACCUGGGCCUGGGAGCUGGAGAGGAAAGGAUACCCAGAAAUGUCAAUAGAUUGCAAGGCUGACAUCCUUAAGUAUUUGUGUGAAAGCCAGUUCGACGACAACCUCAAGUUCAAGACAGCAGUGAACGAGGAAGACCCGGAGCAGAUGCGCCUGCAGCCGAUCGGCAGAGAUAAAGAGGGACUCCUGUACUGGUUCCAACUAGACCAAGACCAGAACGUGCGCCUCUACGUGGAGGAGCAGGACGAUCUGGACGGGUCAUCUUGGAGGUGCAUUGUCAGUAAUAGGACCGAGCUGGCUGACAUUUUGGAGCUACUUAAAGCUAAGAUAGAACCAGCAGUGACAGAUGAGGAGCGAAACGAUGGUACUGCUGGCAGCCCUGGAGACGAAAAAAGUGGCGGAGGUGAAAUUAAAGACAUGAACAAGGUUGGUAAGGUGGAAGAAGAAGAAAGCAAGCCAAUUACCCUGAGCACUGCAAAUGCAAAGCCUGACAAAUCCGUCAAAAGAGAAAGUCAGACGGUGUGCGAAAUCAAAACGAAAGGAUCCGAAGGGUCGCUCAGACUAGAACAAGAGCGAAAGGACGAGCUUGAUCCGAAAGUGAUUGGCAGCGAAACCCCCAAUUUGGACCCGACUCCUGUUAUAGACAACAGAGUGAGCACAAUUAAAAGCCUCGUCAAGGACGAGCCGAGAGAUUCACCUCGACACUGGAACGCCAUCUCGGUCGUCAUGGCACCCGGCUCCAUCAAACAGGAGCUUCCAGGGAAGACUGAUUCCUGUAAGGACAAGAAAGAGAGAACGGCAGAUUUCGAGAGGGCUAUGAGAAGUGACCAGCAGGCCAAGAUACCCCUGAAAAAGCGGGAGCUGAAAAGAACCGAUGGCUAUGACAACAGUCCUUACAGCCACAUCAACAAUAAUAACAACAGCAACGGCAGUAUUUCUGUGGGUGGCAUAAUUGUACGCAACCCAGCAGCAAUGGAGCACACUGGAGAAAAGAAAAUAGCACCAGCUCCGCUUCUUACAGAAAACUCUCAGACACAAGGGAGUGAAUCUGUCCAUGAGAGGGUCAUGUCUCCAAGUAAAAGAGAACAAUACGUAGGUUUUGGCGUUAUAAUGGGCCCGAUUGAGAGACCGCAAACAUUUCCUGUGCCCGAUGGCUCAGGAAAUGGCACGAAGGAUAGAAACGGACUACACGUAGACCGGGAUGUGAAAAGCUUUAAGACUGAGGUGACGCAUGCUGAGAGCAUACGGCAGUCGGUCCUAGUUAGAAAGCCAAGUGUUUCCCAGGCCACUCAUCAUUCAAGCAUGAGUGAAGAGAUGACACUGACGGUCGAGCAUGCAGAGAGCGAUGCGAAAGUAAAGGCUCUUGGAGCAGACGCUAGAGAGCGAGCUGCAUUAUUGCUAGCUUUACCGGCUGAUGCUGAAAAGGAAUACAGGGAUGGGAAGUCGGUUAUUAGAUCCAGUGCUGAGCAGGAAACGGGUGCAAAGCUGGAAGAGGCGAGCAGUACAGAAGAGCAGAAGGAAAGCAGGAAGGUCAAAACGGCAACACUUCCUGACGGAGGAACGGGUGAUCUGAUCAUUAAAGCUUCAGAAGGCAACAUCAGCAGAGGAUCGAAAAGUUCGAGAAAGAAACGCUCCGAAAAAGCCAAGCUCAAGUCGCAAACUGGCGAGGAUCGGAAUAAACCCGAUGACGAGGAAGUGUCCUCCGAGCUUCAGAAGGAGGGUAUUCGUCUCAAGAUCAAGAUCCCGCUGCACAGACGAACUCCCGAGCUACGCAGGUCGGCCAGAAUCUGCAAGCCCAGUCCCAAGCUGGCAGAGAUUCAGGAGCGGAAACACACGGUGCCGUCUACGACACGGGACGUGGAAGAGCACAUGGAUCUGGACGAGGAGAGAGCGCUUCACAAGAGGGAGCUGCACAAGAAAAUCACCUCAGAUGGACAAAUCAAACCUACUAAGGGGAAACGGCGACACAGGCGGCCUCGCUGGUCGAAACCCUCAAAACCUCGCAAAACCGAAGUCGCUCUGGGAGGGGAUGCGGUACUUGAGAGCAAAUCUGAGAGAGACGAUGAGAAGAGCGAGUUGGAUUCGCAGAAUUCAGAGGAAGCUCCACCUGAAGAUGCCUGUAAACACUGCGGCCUCCCCAACCACCCUGAACUGAUUCUCCUUUGUGACCAUUGCGACAGUGGCUACCACACGGCCUGCCUGCGACCUCCUCUGAUGAUCAUUCCUGAUGGAGAGUGGUUCUGCCCUCCGUGUCAGCACAAGCUGCUGUGUAAAAGGCUGGAGGAACAGCUGCAGAAUCUGGACACAGCUCUGAAGAAACGGGAAAGAGCUGAGAGGAGGCGUGAACGCCUGGUCUACGUGGGAAUCAGCGUGGAGAACAUCAUACCCAAUCCAGAUGCAGAGGCAGAGGAUGGAAAGCAAGAGAAGAAAAAAGGUAUGAAGAAGUGCAAGAAUCUGGAGAGGAGAUCGACCCGAAAGAGAAAGUCUAUUAGUUACAGGUUUGACGACUUUGACGACGCGAUCGAUGAAGCAAUAGAGGAAGAUGUACAGAAUUCAGAUGGAGGAGACGUGGGUCUCGGUAAGGAUAUGGCGGCUAUCACAGACCAGGAAGAGAAAGAGGGAGCCAAAGAGAUCCGGCAGCCUGUGAAAACUCCUGCUCCACGCAAGAGGAAGCGCCGCCGGAGACUUAACGAUUUAGACAGCGAAAGCACCCUGGAUGAGGAGGAGAGCGAGGACGAGUUUCAGAUCAGUGACAGUAUGGAGGAGGAUGAUUUUGUGGUAUCUGGGGAUGACGGAGGCAGCGAUGCCGAAGCUGCAUCCUGGGAUGGGAGUGAGAGGGGCAGCAUCUCCAGCAGUGUAGACCGUCUGCCUCCGAGCAGGAAAACAGCCAGGAACGGCCGAGCACAGAAAACCAAGAGGAGGAUACGCAAAUCAGUUCAACGCCACCAAGGUUCCUCAGAGGAGGAGGAGGAAGAGGAGGAGGAAGAGGAAGAGGAGGAAGAGAUAGAUACGGAGGGUUCCAGUGAGGCCAGCGACAGUGAUGUGAAUAUGAGCAGGAGACGGUCACGGCGCAGUCAAAAAGCCCAGAUUAACUAUUGCGAAACAUCAGAGUCUGAGGGGUCGCAGAAAGUCUCCAAACGAAAAAUUAACCAAGCGCCACGUCGCCGCCGAAUCUCCAGCUCUAACACAUCUGUUGUUUCUAAGGACUCCGAGCCCGAGGAGGAGUCUGACUUGAGGAGCAGACGCCGAGGCAGAAAGAGACAGUCCACAAGGGAAGACUCGAAACAGAGGCACAAACAUCUCAAACUAAAACCAGCAAGAAGUACAAGCGAGGAAGAGGAGGAAUCCGAUGAAGAAGGAGACGCUGGAGCAUCCGAGGAGGAAAAGAAGCCACUCCGUAAAAGCCUGAACCGUAUCGAAUCGGAUGAGGACGAAGAGGACGGGUUGGAGAAAAGACCGAUGAGAAAGACGGCCGUAAAGCAGGACAGCAGAGUAACAGACUGCAGGGAGCUAAGUGUGAGGGGACACACCAGAGGGUUAAAGGACUCGAUGCUGAAGCACAACGGCCUGCUUCCUCUUAGAUCUUCACCUCAGGAUGAAGACGAGGAGGAGGAAGAAGAGGAGGAGGACGAGGAGGAUGACCUCACCGCCGCUACGGACUUUGUUAACUUUGUUUUUGACAGCGAACAGUUAUCGUGAUGUGCUGAAGAAAUUUUCAUAUAUUAUUUUUUUCAUUGCUUGUUUUUUUUUCCUGAGUGUUUUUGAGUGUAAUGGACCAAUCCAAGCUUCCAGAGGAAUUCUCAUGUGAUGUCUAAACAUAUUUUGGGUUCAUGCAUCAUGCACAUGUCAGAUGUAGAGCAGGGUCUCAGUGCACAUCCUGAUUUCUAUAAGCAGAAGGUGUCAAAUUUUUACAUUUACAUUUUAUCAUUCAGUGGCAAACUUGAUCAUAUGACUAGGUCACACAAGUUCCCUUGCUAGUGAACCUGGCUCAAGAUUUUGUUGCUUCUUUCUAAAACUGGGGUAAAAACUUACAAAUUCUAAACUAAUAUAGACUCAAGACACUAAGGUUCAUUGUCACUUUUUGUUUUUCCCUUCUCAAAAAUCUUCAAAGAAACAACAGCAACUGAACAGUCGUGAUCUGGUUUGUAUUUUAUUCAUGAGAAAAAGACGAGGACUUUGGAGUGGUCAUUCUUGCCAAGCUGGUCCACUCAAGAUGGUCACUUUGGCUAGGAUCUGUUAGCCCAGCUCACCAAAAAGAGUUGAACCUUCCACUUAGCUUGCUGCCAUUUUAUGUCAAAACAUUUCAAAGAUCUCUAAACUGUAAAGCGUUUUCACCAGCUCUCUUUAUGGCUAAAAUGGUUUCAUACCAAACACAUUAACACUAUUAUUUAACCCUGCAUUAUAUUAUUUAAUAGGAAUUGAAAUAAUUACAUUAUAACCACAAGUUACAAGUAUAACGAGCGUCUCACCAGUCACACUAACGGACAGGUUUCCAUGGAAGAUACCUGAAAUGUCUUAUAUAUGCAAAUCGGCUCCUCGUUACCCAAAUCUGAAUCGUCCAACAAUUAUGCAUACAGAGAUUUUUUUUUUUUUUUACAUAAAUCACAACAUUGCACAACAUCCUGGAGGUGGUUUUGUAUUACACAUCUUAAUAUCUUACAUAUGGGCUUGAAAAAAUGUAAAACCAUUUUGUAAUAUUACUUAGAGAUCCACUACAAAAGCUAGCUAACUAGCUAGGAUCAGAUUGCUAUUAUAUGAGUGUGGUAAAAGAGCAAGUUCUAUAACCAAUAGAACAUCUCAGACAGUUUUCAUCUGGGAAACGAACCAACAUUCUGCUUGGGUGAUGCAGAACUGCUUUUACUAUCUCAACGUUAGUGUUUUAUCACUCUUAUACCACAGCAAUUUGACACUUGACACAGUUAUCCGUUUAUAGUCGUUUUCUAAUAUAGUAGUUUAUAUUUAUAUUUAAUGUAGCCGGCAACUUGUGGUACAAAUUAAUUCAUGUUGUCACUUACAUAAUGGCAGCUAUACGGAGUCAUUCCCUCAAUUUAUUUUAUUUAUUUUUUAGAUGAGAAGACUGUCCCAUGGUUUAGAUCGUGUCCGUCAUCCAAAUCUUUGUGAACGAGCUGAUACCAUAGACGCUAUACUUCUAUUCGAGUGCGAAAUUUUAACCAAUCAGAUGGUGUCAUGGUAGAACAAAACUAAAAAUUAGACUGUAGCAUCUGACUAAAGCUUGCUUAGUUGUUUUAUUGUAUCGAUUAAAGAUAUAAAUAAAUAGCUAGUGAGCGUGGAACUUAUUAGUUCAAAUAGAAAUGUAUGUUUAUUGUAAAAUUGGGUGUCAUCUUAACAACAUGCCUUGAUAGCGUAGCUUUGAGAAAUCUUGAGGAGGAUGUCAGUGAGAACACUUAUUUAAACGCCAGUCUGGUAGAUAAUUACACGUAAAAGAGUUCAGCUAGCAUUACCUUGUUUGCUAGCAUAUUGACAAACUACCUAAUGUCAGAUGUCAAACUAGUGCUAAUAUUAACUUUGGUAACAAAGCUGACUAGUUAGCAAUUUAUCUCUAUGUAAUCAGUGGGGUUUAUUUGGAUAUUUGGAUAGUUUGGAUAGUUAGCUAAACUCAGCAUGUAUGCCAAGCACUACAAUAAGCCAAACAUUUUUUUUAAAGGUUAUGAGUGCCGUCGUAUGAUCAAGUUUGCCCUGAUCAACUGAUCAGAUCCAGUCCUUGUGGACCCCGGGAAAAUCAGGAUGUGUGUUUCUAAGUGAUCUAUGUACACUAGAGCUGAUCUUCAGAAAGUAAAGCACUGUUAUUUGUCAGGCCAGUAAUGCGCCAUCUGUCUAACACAAGCUUAUAUUAGCCUGUAGAGACACUGUACAUUUUCUGCUUGUAUGCUAGCACCUUUUAAAUCGGUGGUUUAGUAAUGUUUCCAGUUUUAUUUUCUGUAAAAUAGAAAACAGGAAAAAAAAAAUCAAAAGUUUUUUUUUUAUAUAUAUAAUUAUAAGAAGGAGAUUCUGUUUGAAAGAGUUUUGCUAACCCUAAACAACAAUCCUCUGUGCCAGCCUGUCCAAUUAACACAUUUUAUUCAAGGCGAAUUGUAACCCAAGCGUCUCGACACAUUCUGUUCUGCCAUCGGAAAAGAAAUGAAAAUGCAGCAAAAUAUCAAUAUCAAGGCACAGAAUUUAGUCGAAAUGAAUUAGCAGCUUUUAUGAAAAGAACGCACAUACAGUAAAUAGCUACUUUAUAAAAGAAGUGUCUCUCGUUACUAUAACAGAAAAUCUUUUACUGAAAAUGUGAUCUUAAUUUUAUAUUUUGAAUUGUUCCCCCAAAUUUUGUCUUUUCUAGUACAUCUAUGAAGGUAACCUAUGGUAGUUAAAUCCUUUAAUGCUAAUUUGUUUUAGGUUUUUUUUUUCUUUCCAAUAACACUGUAUAAAAAUGUAUGUGCCUGUUGACUUGCCCUUAGGCUGAAGUAAAUCUUGACUGAAAAUGCACUUCUCAAAGCACCUUGGAUUGUACCAGUUUGCCCAGUUUAACCCAGUCCAGCCCAGCCCAGCGGUUUCGACUCUCGUUCGAAAGCACUUUACACAACACCCUCUUGCUUUAUUUCUCUCUUUCCCACUAAUUCAUUCGAAACUGUGCUGUGUGCUCUACUUGGUCAUUUGAAAUCCAACACUACCAAAUCAUUCCAGGUACACACCACACAAACCAAGUCUAGAGUCCCGGUGAAUGUGGCCUUUGUCUGCUGUAAAGUUAUUCAACUGGAAUGAGUGUUACUUCUAUUUUACUGUUCUAAUGUUCAGUCUCAGUACAUAACAAAAUUUAAAAAAAAACCCUCAAUAAACAUGACAAGCGUAUCUGUGUAA